UCCGAACUCCGCGCCCGUAUCUUUACCACAAAUCCAUCCAUCCCCGCCGACUCCCACCCAGCAACACCACCAGUCCUCCACCACCACCACCACCGCCCGUCGCCUUGCUCCCCGACGACCUCCCUCCCUCAUUGUCGCACUCCGAACUAGAACUCGACUGCGACAUAUUCACUCCUCUCCGAAAGACCACCCGAUCCCCGCUGAAUUCGCGAUCCCCAUAACCACCCGCCAAGAUGGAUCACACUCGCGACCCUUGCCCGUGGGUUAUCCUCAACGAUUUCGGUGGUGCCUUCGCCAUGGGUGCUAUCGGUGGUACGAUCUGGCACGGUAUCAAGGGCUUCCGUAACAGCCCUUACGGCGAGAGGAGAAUCGGCGCCAUCACUGCUAUCAAGAUGCGCGCCCCUGCGCUCGGCGGUAACUUCGGUGUUUGGGGUGGUCUUUUCAGCACAUUCGACUGCGGUAUCAAGGGACUAAGGAACCACAAGGAGGACCCGUGGAACUCCAUCAUCGCCGGUUUCUUCACUGGUGGCGCGUUGGCGAUUCGUGGUGGUUACAAGGCGGCCCGUAACGGUGCUAUCGGCUGCGCUGUUCUCCUGGCUGUUAUUGAGGGUGUCGGUAUUGGUUUCCAGAAGAUGCUUGCUGGCGCCACAAAGCUAGAGGCUCCUGCGCCACCCCCGUCCAACGAACAAGUCCUUGCUUAAAUACAAUACAGCGGUCAUUUAAAAAGUUUCGAUUUAGGAUGCACAAAGAUUGUCGACUAUAUCUCUCUCAACUCCUUUCUCCCACCUGGCCCGUCUCGGUUGGGCUAGGCUGUGUAUUUGUCUACGCAUUUCAUGACAGUCAGCAUUUUGGGUGGCGGCGUUCCAUGUAACAUAGAAACGGGUUUGUUGGUUACGCUUGCCAUAUAAGGGGGUCAGCGUGGAUGCUUUGCCUCAGCGCGGAAGAACAGUCAUCCGAAUAA